AUGCGAACAUUGGUUCUUCUUCUGGUUUUGGUUAAUUUUGCCGUGGCGCAAAAAAUUCCUGGUUGGUUUUUGGUUGUCAUGUGGCAUGAUUUUGGGAAUUUUUGAUAGUAAAAAUUAUUAGGAUUACUGUAGAUCAAUUUUCAAAAAAAAACGGAAUAUUUCAAAAUUGUGUAUAAAUAGAGGAUUACUGUAGCUUUAGAUCUAGGUGACAAAAAUUAAUUUUUUUUUGUUGCCAAAUAGCAUGUUUAGACUAAUUUUGAAGUCCUUCAUCUAUAAAAAAAUUGAAUAAUCAGUCGAAAAAUGUACGUAACCAAAUUUGUUUGCAGCAUUUUCGGUGACCGACGACGAACUCGUCAAAAUUGCUCAAAAACUUCGCGACGUCGACGAAAAUGGUGCGAAACGUGGACAAAUUCAAAUCAAUUAUCAACAACAUACAACAACUCGAGACGAUUCGGAUGCGGCUAAAGAUAAGUACGUCACACUGUGUUUUUUUGGGGGAAAAACAAAUCAUGAAUUUCAAGCUUCACCCAAAAUAUUAACAUUUGGCUAAAAAAAUUUUCAGAAAAACAUACGUUUCAAAAUUUUUAUAUAAUUUUUUCUUUUGAAAAAAAUUAAUGAUCGGAUUUUCUACCUAACAAAAUCGAUUGAAAUCAUCUAAAAGUUGAAAUUUCAAGAUCCGCCUAUUUUUUACGCUAAAUUCUGUGAACUUUUGAGCAGAUUUUUUCUAAUACUUCUGAUUUUCUACGAUCUUCAGAUUUUUCACCAAAGUCGACUCUUCAUUGCUUCGAAAACCUUCUUAUGAGCUCUAUUUGAAUAUGAUGGAUAAUUUCAACAAACAGACUGGAGUUACAGAGCCAAAAGUUAGUGAAAAAGAGGAAAAAGAUGAGGUUGGCAAGUUUUUGACACAUGUUUUGGCCACAAAACCAAUGCAGGAACUUUAUAGUUGGUUUAAACAGAAAAGUGAGUUUUUUUUUAGAAACUUAAGAGCCUAAUCUAAUCUAAUGUAAGCCUAAACCGAAACUUAAUCUAGGAACAACGUCACUCCGCUCCCAAAUUCCACGUCCUAAAUUAAUUGAUUUUUUGCAGAACAUCCAAUUGCCACAAAUCCAACAGUAUUCCGAUAUUGGAUUGGUCAAUUAUGGUUUUCACAUUAUUCACGAGCGUUAGGCCGACCUGACACUUCAGGAUUUGAACACGUUUUUAUUGGAGAAAUCAAAAAUAACGAAGUAUCGGGAAUGCAUAAUUGGUUGAGAUUUUAUACGUUGGAAAAGAAUUCGACACAAAAUUUCGAUUAUAAAGGUUAUAUUGUUAAAAGAUUUGUGAGUUUUUGGGAGCGGAAAUAGCUAGGAUCAAGCAUGAGCCUAACUCUUUUAAAUAAAAUUUUCCAGAAUGUCAUGGCAGCUCUAAAAUUCAAAUGGGAUCGAGAUCUCAAAAGAUCAGGCUCAAUUCUCAUCGGAACCUCUCCUGAAUUCGACAUGGCCCUUUAUACUUUAUGUUUUUUGUCGCGUCGCGGUCGCGACACGUGCAACGUGGAAUUGAAUGGAUGUCCAUUACAAAUCACAAGUUAUGAAAUAUAUCAACAAAAUAAAGUGUAUAUUGGAAGCAUUUUUCCAUCGGCUGGAAGAAUUACUGAACAAUGUCGACGACAAAAUAGUUAG